AUGAGAACGAUUAUCCUUUCCACACUUUUGUUAUCGGUAGUUUUGGCUCAGCAACAGCAACAGCAACAGCAAGUUCCAGGACAAAGCGGUAGCGGAAAUCAGCCCGGUUACUUGCCUGACUAUCAAGGAGACAAGUACACGAAUCAACAAAGAAUACAGGAGACUCAAGCUCUGAACGCGAAAUUCUUCCCCUCAAUCGGCGGCGCUCCACCCGCUCCACCACAAACUCCGGCUCAACAAGGAAUGGGAAGCAAUGGAACACAGCCAAACUCACAACAACAAUUCCGCAAUCCCUCUUCGUCGCAGUCUCAGUAUGGUCAAACGGCUCAAAAUCAAUACCAAAACACAAACAACAUGCAAUACGGUCAAUCAAACAGCAAUAUGUACGGGCAACAACAAGGAUAUGGACAACAACAACAACAGUACGGCCAAUCCACCCAAAGCCCAUACUAUCAGCAACAGCAACAACAGCAACAGCAACAACCACAACAAUAUGGAACUACGCAAGCUUAUGGAAUGCAGCCACAGUACGAGCAAAGCUCGAACUACAAUCAGAAUCAACAACAGUACGGAAACACUCAGCAAUAUGCGAAUAAUCAGUUCGAUCAGACCACUCAAAGCUACAACUAUCAACAACAGAACAAUCAAUACCAACAACAAUUUGGCAGCAGCACUCAAUCUCCAUAUGGAAAUAAUCAACAAGUGAGCGCCUCGGAAAUGCAACAACAGUGUGCCCCAGUUUGUCAACAAAUGUCGCAGAAUCAAGACCAACAACAGAGCCAACAACAGAGCCAACAACAAGGCCAACAACAGCUUGGGUCGACUAGCUUUGGAAACCAACAACAAAACACACAAACCUCUCAACAACAGUACGGAAUGUCGGCUCAAAUGGACUGCACACAGUACUGUAAUGGAUACAACGCAGGAUUGCAAUCCUCUCAAUCUCAACAACAAUUCGGCCGAAAGCGACGAGCGAUUCGAGCG